GACGACCAUACCUAUGCGACGCGUCGUCUGCGUGAUGCCGCCCCCUUCCGGUCGGUCGGCGGGGGGAGGGGGCAGCCAAGGCUAUAAAGCAGGGCGGCACCGCAGUCUGGAUUCCAGUCUCCAGACACCCCGGCGCGUGCCAUGGACAGGCGCUUCCACAGGUGGCCACUUGUGCUGGCCACCGUUCUGAGUGUCGCUGGCCCGGGGACCUGCGGCCAACCUCAGGCCCAACGCGGCAAUUACCCAGAGUCCUACGCCGCACCCAUUGCCGAGCCCAGGAGGGAGGGUCCAGCGACCCGAGCGGGUUACCAGUACGUGACCACCCGCCCACGACAACAGCUCUACUGCUACUACGAAUAUCGGAAUAAUCAGCGGUACUACAACUGCUACACGAGCCCACUGCAGACCCAGAAUGCGUACCGACCUCAGGUGGCGCAGUAUCAGUACCAGCCUCAGCAGACUCAGUACCGACCCCAACAAAUGCUGUAUUGCUACUACGAAUAUCGGAAUAAUCAGCGGUUUUACAACUGCUACACGAGCCCACUGCAGAUCCAGACCCAGACCCAGUACCGUCCUCAACAGCAGCCCCUCCCGAGCAACGAGCAAAUGAACCCUCUGCCUAAGCCACCGAACAUCCCGUUGAAGCCACCCCCGCCGCCGCCUCCUCCACCGCCGCCGCCACCACCGCCCAUUCCGACGAGCUCUCUGCCCAGCUCCCCCAAACCGCGUGACCCCGAGGAAUAUGUCAUUGAAUAAUACGUAUAGCAGCUGCGCCUGUUCUGUUCCGAGAAGCAAUCCUGUUUUUUAAUUACUUUAAAAAAUACAACAGUAGCACAGUAUCACCAUUUUAACAGAGGGAAGUGUGGGAAUUAGUGUCAACUGUUAACUGCCCCACUGUUACAGGGGAAUUGUCACAAAUUAUCAUAAUGCUACCAACUGACAUCAUUUGUGAUGUUUUAGUGAUAUCGUGCGGUGAUAUCCCACUGUAAUAUCCCAGUGAUGUCAACAUUCUAUCAAUAUUAAUGGAAGAAAGCACUUCGCAGUAACGAGGUGCAUUGUGACAACUUGAUAAUUUGUGACAAAUCUCUGCUACAAGGGUAAAGGAGUGGGACUGUUCUACUGUUUGAUUUUAUGAGUACUGUUUGGGUCUCAGAAAAAGCGUGUAUGAUAUUGUAAAUAAUGUCCUCUAUAGCAUUUAAUACUGUGUUCUUAUAAAUACAUAUAUUUAUGUCAUAA